UCCCUUGCCCCCGUUGACAAAGGCCGCGAUGCAUGGCUCUUCGUCCUCGCGGCGUUCAUGACCGAAACCUUUGUCUGGGGGUUCGCAUUCAUAUACGGCGUCUUCCAGAACUACUACGCCUCCUCCCCAGACUCUCCUUUCCGCGGCGCAUCUCUCUCCGCUCUCUCAGCAAUCGGCACAACAGGGCUCGCAGUCCCCUACAUAUCCGGGCUGAUCCUCCCCGCAUUUAUGGCCCGGCAUCCGAGGUGGAUCCGGUGUAUGCAAUGGCUUGCGCUGGGGUUGGGAACUGGAAGCUUCGUCCUAUCCAGCUUUGCGAACUCUAUUUGGCAGUUGAUCAUCCUCCAAGGCGUACUGGUCGGCAUCUCGUGCGGUAUCCUAUACACACCAGUCAUUUUAUGGCUGUACGAAUGGUUCGUCGAGCGUCGUGGGCUCGCAGGCGGGAUCUUACAAAGCGGCACCGGGAUCGGCGGUGCCGCCUUCCCGCCCCUAAUCGGGUUGCUUCUCGAAACAGUCGGGUUCAGGUGGACACUCCGCAUCUGGGCAGUCGCGUUCGCGAUAUUUACUGGGAUCGCGAUAUGUUUCAUGAAACCCCGAUUACCGAUCCCUGCUGUCGCCCAGGCACGUAGCGCACCUAUCGAUCUCUCAUAUCUAAAGAACCCGAUAUUCGCUGCUGUCGGACUGACGAUCCUUGUCCAAUCGCUGGCGUACUUUCCCGUCAACUUAUACAUGCCGACGUACACCAGCCUGCUCGGACUUCCCCCGCUGGACGGCCAGCUCGUGCUCUCCGUCUUUAACCUCUUCUGUGUUAUUGGCCAGGUGCUGAUCGGAUGGAUGUGCGACCGCAUGCCCUAUUCCCGGGUGAUGAUGUUCUCCGCCCUAGGCUCGGCGUUUGCCGCAUACCUUCUCUGGGGAUUCGCCAAUAGCCUUGGCCUGGUCUUCCUCUUCGUCGUCAUCUUCGGUACCACCGCUGGAGGCUUCAACUCGAUCGUACCCCCAGCGACGGGGGACAUCGUCGGACCCUCAUCCCCAACCUCAAGUGCGAUCUUCGGUUCCUUCGCAGCAGUCAAAGGCAUAGCAGCAAUCAUCGGGCCCAUC